ACUUUUUUUUUUUUAAGUCUCUGCUUUUCCCCCCUAGCCUGUUGGAACAGUAGACUUCCUGUUUUGCUUGACUCUUUUUUUUUUUUAAAAAAAAAACUUUUGCCAGUGUGCCUAGCACAGUAAGCUUGUUUCUGCGUAGCAUCGCUCGCAGGUACGGAGUGCGGGCAGUCACAAUCCAUCCUCGGUGUGAGUGCUGAGACCUCUGUGACAACACAAGUAAAAGGUGCCUAACACAUUCCUCUACCAACUGCAAAAUGCAGCACCCCGAAUAACAAGCAGGACAGCUUCCAAAGUGACCACUGUUGACCAGUUUCCGGUGUGUUCUUCCGUGUGGUAAGCUUGUGGUGGAUUUCUUGGAAGGAUGGUGUGAACUGACUUGUAAGAUGGGACUGUGGAUGUUCCUCAUCCUUGUGUGACUCUAUCCAGACACAUUGACGUUGUCCUCCUGGAGAGCACAGGGAGAAAAUGCCGAAACUGGUGGCUACAGAUGUCUUUAAUUCCAAAAACCUGGCCGUUCAGGCACAAAAGAAGAUCCUGGGUAAAAUGGUAUCCAAAUCCAUCGCCACCACCCUGAUCGAUGACACCAGCAGCGAGGUCCUGGAUGAGCUGUACAGGGUGACCAAGGAGUACACCCAGAACAAGAAGGAGGCAGAGAAGGUCAUCAAGAACCUCAUCAAGACGGUCAUCAAGCUGGCCGUUCUCCACAGGAACAAUCAGUUCAACCAAGACGAGCUGGCCUUGAUGGAGAAGUUCAAGAGAAAGGUGCACCAGCUGGCCAUGACGGUGGUGAGCUUUCACCAGGUAGAGUACACCUUUGACCGCAACGUGCUGUCCAGGCUGCUGAACGAGUGCCGAGAGCUCCUGCACGACAUCAUUCAGCGCCACCUUACCGCCAAGUCUCACGGACGGGUUAAUAACGUCUUUGAUCAUUUUUCAGAUUGUGAUUUUUUGGCUGCCUUGUAUAAUCCCUUUGGAAAAUUUAAACCUCACUUACAGAAACUUUGUGACGGCAUCAACAAAAUGUUGGAUGAAGAGAACAUAUGAGCUUGUGAGAGAAGACCGUGACCAGCAGCGAUUUUUGUGACGUGGAGCACUGCUGACUCAUAAAGGGAAGACAGAGAAUCUUUUAGAGAUCGCAUGUUUUUCAGAAAGGCUUGGCCCCAUACAGCCUGUUGUUGUUGGACAUUCAUAGUAGAACUCCUGUGUGGCUUGUUGUAUUUGAAAGAAAGAAAAAAAGCAUAUUGCUAAAAAAUCUGGCUGAAAAUACCUUAAUGAAUGGCAGGAUGUGGGAAAAAUGGAUGGUUGGUCAUUCAGAUGUCUAGUGAUACAAAGACAGAUGAGUGUGGCCCCAAGCGCUGGCACUUGCUGUGUUUUAGGGGAAUCGUAUUGGUGGCACAUUGGAUAUUUCUAAUAUGUAUUAAAGCUGUGUAUCUUGACUCACCUUUAUCCUUUGCUAUGUCUGCGUAUCUCUCUUAAAAUGCCAAGAACCUCUCUUUUGCUGUCAUCGAUCCUUUGGAAACAAUUUUGCUUCUUUAGUUACAGGUUGUCAUUGACCUUUAGGAAUUAAAUCUGAGGGGUUGGGGAUUUAGCUCAGUGGUAGAGCGCUCAAGGCCCUGGGUUCGGUCCCCAGCUCCGAAAAAAAGAAAAACAAAAGGGAAUUAAAUCUGAGGCAGUCAAACCGAAUGCUCAGGAAAGCAGAGACCUGCAUCUGAAGUCAUGACCGUGGAAAUGAGCAAUCUUAACAUCGUGAGUAACAUCCACCGCAGCUUUUGAAGCUGAGUCCUACUUUUUAGUACCAUCAGUGAGACUUAGAGUCUCAAAACCAGUGGCAUGGCAUUGCCUUGAAAUACUUGCUUAGGGCCUAACUUUGAUGUCAUCUUGAACAGGUGCUCACAUGUUCCCGUAUUAACAUCCAUUUCACCCGUAGGAAGAAUAAAUUCCUAGAUUGGCUUUGAUAUUGAGACAACAACAUGUAAGUAGCAUUUCAGAAAUAAAAAGAAAAACUUCUUGAGUUUAAAGAUGAACUCAUCAGGUUGACUUAGGGGGGAAAGGAUAGCAAGGAUGUUGCGAAGUAAUGUAAGAAAGAUGCAUGAAUUUCAGUGUGAAUGGGGAUUGAUGAAUAAAAGACGCCAUUUUUUAUUUAA